AUGAUACUAUCCUUCUCCACUAAGAAUGCAACCCCCGAGACAUACCGCGACUUCAUACAAGCUCUGCGAGAACAACUCACAGCCGGACGACCCACAUCACACGGUAUACCGGUGCUGCCUCGAAGAGAAGAUGUGCCGGACGCGCAGCGCUUUCUUCUUGUUGAUCUCACAAACUCUCAAGGCAAUACCAUCAGGCUCGCAAUCGAUGUGGUCAACGCUUACGUGGUGGGUUAUGCUGCAGAUGGUCGAGCCUAUCUUCUUCAAGAAAAUGCUCGUGAUAAUCGGCCUCCAAUCCACACUUUAUUCCGCGACGCCACCACUCGGAUUGAUCUGGGCUUCGACGGCAGCUACGGCGGGCUUUCGCGGGUUGCACGAGAAGCAGUAGAACGGAAUACCCCACGUAAUCGUGCUCGUAACCGAGCUGGGGCAAGUGCGCAUGACCAUACACCUGUGCUUGAGCAAAUCCCCAUGGGACGCAAUGAACUAGAUACAGCCAUCAGCUUGUUGCACUCCGCGUCAUCCCCAACCAACCAAGCCUUAGGGUUUAUCGUCAUCAUUCAGAUGCUGUCAGAAGCGGCAAGGUUCCGGGCCAUUGAGGGACUAGUCCGCACUACCAUGCGGGAAACGUACGAUCCCCUUAUGCGAGGCAUUGCAAUGGAGAGCCUGGAAACCCAUUGGUCUGAUCUCUCCGAACAGAUCCAGAGGGCACAGCAGCGCAAUGAAACAGGCUUCGAGAGGGCUAUUGUACUCCACAAUGUCGGAAAUGAACGCCGCGAAGUAAACAGUGUUGAUUCACCCUUCGUUCGGGGUGUCGCGAUGCUGCUCUACGACCGAAACGGAAAUUGCAACCCUGGAUCUGGACCUCAUCGUCAUGAUGAAUUGUAA